AUGCUCCGAAAAGUGUUUAUAUCAUGGAAGCGCGAGGCUGUCAGGCACAGGAUCGAAAGAAUCCAAAAGCAAAUGCAAAUUGAUCUUCAAAGUUUGACAGUCGUCAAACGGCAGGCAGACGAGCUCACAAUGCAGCGCGAUAGUGCACAGGCUGACAACCUGGCAAUGCGCGAUGAUCGCAAGCAAGCCGAGGACUGGACACGACAGCUAGAAUUGCGGAUUAAAGCUGCGAGUACGUUCUUGGAUACAACUCGCCGUCGAGAGGCCCAGGUCUGUCAAGAAGGUCAACUACGAGUGGAAGCUGUGGCUUGCCUUCCACCACUUAUCCUGGAGUCGUUGUUGCGGGGUUAUCACGGUGUUGGAUUUCUCCAACAAGCUUCCGUUCGAGAAGAAGAUUUGAUGGAUGAAUACGACGAGCAGUCUCAAGGAACUCCCUCUGUGUUCCUUGAAUGUUUAAGUGAAAUCGCACGGCUACGAAACACGGAGCUGAGGCGAAAGUCUUCCACGAUGCCAUCGACUAAAGAAGGAAGAACCAAUUCAGUUAUCGCCACUACAGGGCGGUCUAACUCGGUUGUUAUUGGAACAGAUCCUAGUGAAAAUGGGCAGACAAUAUCGACACAAGAUGCAGUGGUAACAGCGGCAAUAGGUAGUCCUUCUGACAGGAAGGUUGCAGGGGCGAUUUCGCACAACGAACUAUCCAGCAGGAGGUUUUCGAAGUUCUUUAGCUCUCUUCGUGCGCAAAUACAAGCACCUAAUGCGAAGGUUCUCUUCAUUUCAACGCAAUUUCGAGAGUUAGAGGAUAAACCACUGAGUCAGCACGAGAACGCUCGAGUGACUCGAGAAUACGAGCAGCUUCUGCGCGCCAUCCGGAUUCAGGAUGAACAUUAUGCCAGUCAUUCCAAGUUAUUCAGCUCGCGGAUGCUUGAAAGCCACGAAAUUUCCCUUGUGCCGACCCUGUCUAUGCCUAGUAGGGCACUCCAAGGGUGUGCAGGAAGAGACAAAGGCGACUUGGGUGUGAUCAACGGAGUCAAGCGCAGCUGGAUAACAAGUAUACCCGCGCAAAAACCGAGGACAGCGUCACGUGGUUCUCAGUUUAAGCGUGCGUCUACACAACGCCAAUCGAUCUUGUCACUCAAGGAUCGCCCACCGCCACAGAUACCGUUGCUUGAGAACCUUGAAAUGCUUCAUGAAGCUGAUUUCGACAUUUCUCCUCUCCACUCGUGCGGAUUCAGUAUACUACUUCUUGCGCACAUCGCAACUGGAUAUGGUUCAUUAUUAUUUUCUCCCGGCGACAUGAGCGCAUUUACACACAACGCCUACAUGAGCCCACCCAAGGUCUCUGUAGGCUCUGAAGUCGUAAAUUCUCAAGAUAAUAACGCGGAUAAACCGGAUGCAGUGACAGAUCAACUAGCAACGUCCUCACCAGCGCAGAGCUCUCCAAUGCCUUCAGUAGACCAAUCUAUCAUACCACAGUCCACUAAACCGAUGGAUAACUCGCUUCGGAUCAUCAAACCGAUUGUUACCGCAUACAACACGUGGAAUCAACUAUCCGAGCAGCUCAUUUCUGCUGGUGUGGUGCAGUCUCGUAGUCUAACGCAGAAACCCGCGGUGGAUUCUUCAACUGAUAAUAAUGGAGAUUCGUUGAGAGGACAAGGAACGCCGUUGGGAAUUCCCAUUCGUCCGAUACUGCAGCACCAGUUUGAGCCUUCAUCGCACAGCUCGCUACUUCCACCAGCAAAAGAGAAAUCUAACCGAAGAGCGAGUAACCCUGUUGGCGACGGAAACACGUACCAUACUGCCAAAAUUCGACACCUUUCACCCGAACUCACUGAUAAACUGACCCAAAGUAUUGAAAUCAUCCACAAAUGUGUGAAAACCACAUCGAUAAAGAUGAAAGAUUUCAAUGCCAUGCACCAACAGCUCCAAGAACUCCGACUCACUCAGUGGCAGCAAGCAAGCGAGCUGGCUUCUCACUCGUCAAAAGCAAAAGAAUCUCCAGCACCUACGAAUCCUGUCGGACCAUCAGACAAUCGAGAGCAAAUUUACGAGUGCAUUUCCCUCACAAACAACACGAUGCGUCGGAUAUUCAGCGUCGAAGAGGACCCUGACAUUGAACUCAUUCAAGUUCGUGCCGUCUUCGAGAAACACCAGCAAGUUAUACGUCGACUGUACACUCCGUUCCGCGCUAACAUCAAACACGCCAUGAGUCUCGACGAUCUAUGGCACAUUGUAAAGAUCCUUCGCUUACCUCGGGAGAUUCACGUCCUCCCCGUCUUACGAGAUGAAGAACUAGUGGCCAACGGAUACGAGCAACUCUUCUCUCCUGAAGACCUGGCGGAACUUUUUCUUCAGCUUUGCAACGAGCAAUUCCAGCCGCAGAUUUCUCCAUUGAGUGCACGUGUCGAGUACUUUGUCAUUCAUCAUUUACCGAUAGCUCUUCAAAACCAAAGUCUCCUUCGAGUUAUGAUGCACCGCUCGGACGUAAAACUCGCCAUCAGCAGUCAUUCCCAAACAAUCCGGAUCAUAUUCCGACGCUAUUGUGCCAAGGAACGCGAGCUCAUGGUGCCUGCAAGUAAAAUAGCGAAGCCAAAGCCACGGCAUACUGGACACGGGAUCAACAAGUACAUGCGCAUGGUCGAUUGGCAAGCGUUUGUACAGGACUAUCACUUGAUACGCGCUCGAUUUUCCAUGGAUCAAGCCAUGAACGUGUUCCGCAAUGUUCAAGAGGCUUCACCAGGCAAUGACGAGCAGCUCGAGUUGAUCUACAGCGAGUUCUGCGAGGCGCUUGUCGCCAUGGCAACGUUCUACUUCCCCGAUCCAUUCGUCAAGCCUGCAGCGAAGCUCAUGCAGUUUCUCCGUCGAUACUUGCCACUGUCGCCUGAAGACGCUUAG